GGCUUUCAGAACAUGAUUAAGACACUUGAUCCACGUUACGAGGUACCUAGCCGCAAAUACUUUAGCCAAACUGAAGUGCCCAAACUGUAUGACAAAGUCCGCGAGCAAGUAAAGAACGAACUCCGGAGCAUAAAAUACUAUGCAACUACUACGGACUUGUGGUCAAGUCGCACAAUGGAGCCUUACAUUAGUCUCACAAUCCACUUCAUCAAUGACGAGUGGAAGUUGUGCAGCAGAUGCCUACAGACAUCUUAUUUUCCCGAGAAUCAUACAGGUGAACUGAUAUCUCAGGGAUUGAAGGAAGCGCUCGAGUCAUGAAGACUUAAAGAAGAGUUACAAGUCUGCAUAACCACCGACAAUGGCGCAAAUAUUGUGAAAGCAGUGGAAAUGAACGGCUGGACAAGACUGCAGUGCUUUGGUCACAGGCUCCACCUCGCCAUAGAGAGAAGUGUGAGAGACGCCCGUGUUGAACAUGCCAUUGGCAAAUGCAAGAAAAUAGUGAGUGCCUUUUCUUACGCUUGGAAAAGGAAGAGAGAAAUGGCUAAUGCCCAGGCUGAGCUAAACCUGCCUCCUCACCGCCUCAUCACUGAAACACCAACAAGAUGGGCGUCUCGACAACAGAUGAUUCAGCGGCUGCUCGAACAAGAGAAUGCCAUAUCACAGGUCCUGAAAGCAGACUGGAAAACCAGGCACCUGGUACCAACUUGGCAGGACAUUGAUGUGUUAGAAUCUAUGAACAAGACCCUCAGUCCCCUGUUGGAGUUUACAGAUGCUCUGUCUGGAGAAGAGUAUGUGAGUGUGUCGACUGUCAAACCUGUGCUUCACCUUCUAAACAACACAGUUCUUCCUCUAGCUGAUGAUGACAUUGACACAGAACUGACGAAGGACAUGAAGACAGUCAUCCUCAAGUAUUUAAAUGAGAAGUACUCGGACGUUGCAACUGAUAACCUCCUGGAUAUGGCCUCCUUGGUCGACCCACGCUUCAGAUCAUAUAUAGCAGAUGACCGAAAAGAGUUCAUCUUUACAAAGACAGCAGCAGAAAUUCAGGCACUGCUAGAGAAUCAAGCUGUGUCUGCCACAGAGUCACCACCAUCACACACAAGCACAGGAGCUGAUGGAGAAGCCCAGAAAGAACCCAAGAGGAGUAAACGAAGUCUGGGCAGCUUUUUAAAAAAAUGCAUCUGCUCAGCCUGGCCCAGCUGCCCUCACCGACACAGAAGCGAUUAAAAUUGAGCUUAAGAGUUACCUGCAGGCACUGGAUGUAGAAGGAGAAGCUGACCCACUGGAGUGGUGGAGGUUGCACCAGGCUAAUUUUCCCAGGGUGGCAAGCCUAGCCAAGAAAUAUCUUUGCAUUCCUGCCACAAGUGCCCCUUCAGAAAGGGCAUUCAGCACCAGUGGCAAUAUAGUAACAUGCCACCGAUCUGCACUGAAGCCCGAGACUGUGGACAAACUUGUGUUCCUGGCAAAAAACCUUGGCUGAAGUGCAUUUUACUGCAUUAUGUAAUUGACAGGACCCCUCAGGAGGCGUGCAACGCUAUACUCCUGUAUUUAUUAUCUCCUUAUUGAUUACUCCAGAGGACCUGAGCGUUACGCACCCGAGGCCACUGAAUAGUUUUAUUGAGAGAUUCUACUUUAUUGAUAUAUCCUUUAAAAUCACUAGUGUUAGGCAAGGAAGUGGAACUCAAAAAUGUGAUUAAAAAAUUACUCAGGGAGUUCAGUUUAUAGGGAAGGGACGUGGC